UGUCCGUUCCAAAAGAUUUUUUGACAGGCGUUGGGGAGAACUGGAGUAUAUGAGGGGCCGUAGUCCUACUCCGGGACCGAGCUCAUACAACUCUUGUCAUCUAAAUUCCCUGCGACUUUGCUGUCGCGGAAGCUUGCCAUACUCCAAUACACAAGCUUUUCCAAGCCUCACAAGCCUUUAGCAUCCUGCUUGGGUGAAGACGCCGUGACGGUUCCAACACACGACCAAGCAUCAGAUUACAUCGACAUCGACCCCGACGAACCGACGACCCUGAACAGGAUCAUCCCAAUCGCGACUACCUCCGUUAUCAGACCCUCACUACCAUAGCGCCAACCCCAAGCAACAACCACACCUAACUUCCAUUGCGCUACCACCACCAUCUUUUCGCCAAGAUGGUUCGAACUAUGUUUGUGAAUCCCUUCAAGGCCCACCACGUCGACGAGUUCCCGGGUGUUCAUGUGCCUCUUGAUGAUUCAACCCAUCGCGCUUCUGUAGCUUCCACUCACCCACGCGCCUCCCUCGGAAAUUCAGAGAAAGCCAAAGAGGAUGAGCCCAACGACCUUAGGCGACCUGAAAGUAAUGCAUCAAGUGGUGUUGUUAACCAUGGCAUGACAGUCGCAGCAUUAAAGGCAGAGAUUGAAGCAGAUGUCGCCGCCUCAGACCAAGACACGCCAUAUGACCGCAAGUCCAAGGUCAUCAACAGAGCUUUGCAAGAUAUGGGAAUGGGUCGCUACCAAUGGCAGCUUUUCGCUCUUUGUGGUGGCGGUUGGAUGGCCGACAACUUGUGGCUGCAGGGUGUCGCUCUAACACUGCCUCAACUUAGCGCUGAGUUUGGUGUCAGCGAAACGGAAGUCAGAUACACCACACUAUCGCUCUUCCUCGGUCUCUGCAUUGGCGCGUCUUUCUGGGGUACCGCAUCCGACAUUAUUGGCCGCCGUCUCGCUUUCAACUUCACUCUUUUCCUCGCCGGUGUCUUCGGUCUUGCUUCAGGCGGCGGCCCCAACUGGAUUGGCACAUGUGCACUGUACGCAUGUAUCGGUCUCGGUGUUGGUGGAAACCUUCCAGUCGAUGGCGCUUUGUUCCUCGAAUUCCUGCCCCAAACAUCCGGAAACCUCUUGACGCUACUUUCCGUUUUCUGGCCUGUUGGUAAUUUGAUCGCUUCGCUGCUGGCCUGGGCUUUCAUUCCCAACUUCUCAUGCCCUUCUGGUACUCCCAUUGGGCAGUGCAGCAAGGCCGACAACUGGGGCUGGCGAUACCUCAUCUUGACCCUCGGUGCGAUCACGUUCUUCAUGUUCAUCUGCCGCUUCUUCCUCUUCCAUCUUUACGAAUCGCCCAAGUUCCUGUUGUCUCGUGGUCGCCAGGCUGAGGCCGUCGCUACCGUCUACGGUAUCGCCCACUACAACAAGACGCACACCUGGCUCACCGAAGACAUCCUCAACCAAAUUGGCGGCGACCAAGAAGUCACCCAAGAAGACACGAAGCUCAGCGUGUUCGAGAUUAUCAAGCGCUCCCUCAGCCGAUUCUCGAUGAAGCGCUUCAAGACAUUGUUCCAGGAUAAGAAGAUCGGUCUCACCACUGCCCUUUUGUGGUUCCAAUGGACGACUAUCGGUAUGGCAUACCCGCUUUUCAACGCUUUCCUCCCACAGUAUCUUGCCAACUCUGGUGGUGAUGUUCAGAACGACACCAGCACCGUGUACCGCAACUACGCCAUUACUGCCAUCGUCGGUGUUCCUGGAUCGAUCAUCGCUUGCUACACCGUCGAUAUCAAGUACGUUGGUCGCAAGGGUACCAUGGCCAUCGCAACCGUCAUCACCGGCGUCUUCGUGUUCCUGUUCACCAUCUCAUCCGACUCCGACUUCCAGCUCGCUUUCACCUGUCUUGAAGCAUUCUUCCAGAACAUCAUGUAUGGUGUUCUGUACGCGUACACACCUGAGGUCUUCCCUGCACCUAUCCGUGGUACUGGCACUGGCAUGAGCAGUUUCUUGAACCGCGUUGCUGGACUAUGCGCACCGAUUGUUGCUAUCCAGGCUGGUGACAGUAAUCCCAAGGCCCCCAUCUACGCCAGCGGUGGAUUAUUCAUUGCGGCGUUCUUCAGUAUGCUGAUAUUGCCAAUUGAGACAAGAGGCAAGCAGACUUUGUAGACGGUACACAUAGAGUAUCUGACGGCAGGACCGUAUAGCGCAGUUACAUAUUAAUUACUGCUAAGAAUUGAUCAUUCUCAAUUUCAU